CGUUUUUUGCAGAGCUAGCAAAACAUCCGCAGUGACGCUUGCUCGUCCGUCCGCGAGCAUGAAAAAUACUUUUUUUGUUUCUUUUUGACAUUAAAAAAAAAAUCUCAAGAGAAAGAGCUACAAAGGUUUCGCUGUCAGAGUGACUUUUUCUAGACCAUGCCCAACGACCCCGACCCUCCUCCGGCUAAAAGAUUCAAGCCGGGGUCUGUUUUCUUCCGUCAACAUAAGAAUAAACCUGGAAUGCUGCUGCCUAGAAAGGGACAUGUAACCACUCCGAUAGACGUCCAGAGGAAACAGCUUCCAAUCUACCAGGCCAAACCUCAGCUACUUAACCAACUGAGACAGCUCCACAAUGCUAUCCUGAUAGGGGAGACUGGCUCUGGGAAGACCACUCAGAUCCCCCAGUAUCUGUAUGAGGCCGGCAUAGGACGAGCAGGCAUCAUCGCCAUCACUCAGCCCCGGCGAGUUGCUGCUGUCUCGCUGGCAGGAAGAGUGGCAGAGGAGAAGAGGACUCCGCUUGGCAAGCUGGUGGGUUACACAGUGCGCUUUGAGGAUGUCACCUCCUCUGAGACGAAGCUGAAGUUCAUGACCGAUGGCAUGCUUCUGCGUGAGGCCAUCGGAGACCCCUUGCUGCUGCGCUACACUGUGGUGGUCCUGGACGAAGCUCACGAGCGCACCGUGCACACUGAUGUGCUGUUUGGCGUGGUUAAGACUGCUCAACGCAGGCGCAGAGAACUUAAUAAGAUUCCCCUGAAGGUCAUAGUGAUGUCAGCCACGAUGGAUGUGGAUUUGUUCUCGGAGUACUUUAACAAGUCACCUGUACUGUACCUGGAGGGCAGGCAGCAUCCCAUUCAGAUCUACUACACCAAGCAGCCCCAGUCAGACUACCUGCAGGCUGCGCUUGUCUCCAUCUUCCAGAUCCAUCAGGAGGCCCCUCCGUCCCAUGAUAUCUUAGUCUUCAUGACGGGUCAGGAGGAGAUCGAGGCUCUGGCGAGGACAUGCCGGGACAUCGCCAAGCAUCUGCCCGACGGCUGUGGUCCCAUGGUAGUUAUCCCCUUGUACGCGUCGCUGCCCCCAACACAGCAGCUCAGGGUCUUCCAGCCAGCGCCCAAGGGAAGUAGGAAGGUCAUCCUCUCAACCAACAUUGCCGAGACGUCGGUUACAAUCUCUGGGAUCAAAUUCGUCAUAGACACGGGGAUGGUUAAGGCCAAACGUUUCAAUCCUGACAGCGGGCUGGAGGUGCUGGCAGUGCAGCGGGUUUCUAAAGCCCAGGCGUGGCAGCGAGCGGGUCGGGCUGGCAGGGAGGACUCAGGCUCCUGCUAUCGCCUCUACACAGAGCCGGAGUUCGACAACCUCAUCCCUAUGACUGUGCCUGAGAUCCAGAGGUGUAACCUAGCCAGUGUAAUGCUGCAGCUCAUGGCCCUGGGGAUUCCAGAUGUGAUGAAUUUUGAUUUCAUGUCCAAGCCUUCUCCAGAGGCCGUUCGCUCGGCUCUGGAGCAUUUGGAGCUGCUGGGCGCUGUAGAGAGGAAGGAGGGGCAGGUUUUCCUCACUGCUCUGGGAAAGAAGAUGGCCAGCUUCCCUCUGGAGCCUAGAUAUGCCAAGACCAUCCUGCUGUCCCCCGACUACUCCUGUUCUGAGGAGAUUUUGAGCAUUGUGUCUCUGCUGUCAGUGGACACCGUGCUGUUUAACCCCCCUGCCCGGCGGGACGAGGUGCUCGCUGCACGCAAGAAGUUCUCCUCCAGCGAAGGAGACCACAUGACGCUGCUUAACAUUUACAGAGCGUUCAAGAAAGUCAGCGGUAAUAAGGAGUGGUGUCGGGAGAACUUUGUCAACAGCAGGAACAUGGGUCUGGUGAAAGAGGUCCAGGCGCAACUCAAAGAUAUCUGCCUUAAGCUGAAUUUGAAGCUGGAGUCGUGCGGGGCGGACACAGGGAACGUUCGCCGCUGCCUCGCCCACGGGAUGUUCGUCAACGCUGCGGAGCUGCAGCCCGACGGCAGCUACUUAGCUCUGGACACCCACCAGCCCGUGGCCAUCCACCCCUCCUCCGUCCUGUUCCAGGGAAAGCCAGCAUAUGUGGUGUUCAACGAGCUGCUGCACACCUCCCGCUGCUACAUGAGAGACCUGUGUUUGGUGGAUGCCGACUGGCUGCUGGAUGCAGCGCCAGAGUACUUUGGCCGCAAACUCCACCCGACCAAGAGCUAACCAACAGGGAAACAGGACUGGAGUAAACCUUCCUCGAAUCACCCAGUGGCAAUAACGCUGGAAGAUGUGUUAUCUUCACAAAGAUGAAAUUUGGGAUAAAGACACUUAUUGAUUUUCAUUUGCAAAUCAGAACGGAACCUUUUCUGUGUAGUAAACUUGUCUGGAUUUCACUACCUCCCAGUUGGCAAGCAUUUAGCAUGUGUCACUGCAGCACAAAUCUGCAUAUCGAGGCCUCACAACUUUGACUUCCUGUAAGACUGUAAUUCAGAUUUUAUAAAUUGUGUUUCUUCUGCCUGGUAGUAUUUCAUCUUGCCAUUUGGCCACCUGGAAGAAAGAGUAUUUUUUUUUUUUUAAGUGUUGUGCAUCAAUUCUUUCAACGUUUGCAUGCAUCUUAACAACACCGAUAACCUCACAGGAGCAGUUCUUCAAUAAGCAUCGUCUGAUAUGAUUUAUAUGUUUGUUAUUUCUGAAAACAAAAAACAAAACAGACUUGCUGAAAUGCUACUCUCCAUAUGUUAAUCUCACAAGAUAGUGUACUUAAUUGUUAAGCCACCUAUCCAACACGAUUCAGAAAUCUAUAGUAGACUGGAAUGGUUCUUUUCAGUGUAUUUUUGAAUAAUAACGACGAUUUAACAGUCUUUGAAAUGUUAGCUUCUCAGAAGCUAAGUAAAGCAGUCUUGUCUUAAGCUUU